CAAAAAGUGAGUCAUGCUGCGCUUGCUCUUGACUCAACUUGCUUGUCUGGAAGGACUCUGAAUUGGUAUACUUCCUGUGCUCUUACGGUACUUUCAAAGGACGAUUCUGUCCCUGGGCGCAAGGGAGGCAUCUUGUGCUUGGUAGCUUCCAUACUACUCUGUAUACCGGAAAUAGCCGAUCUACUUGCGCAAAUCUUGUUUGCCGAGGUGCACUCACAGAUUGUCCAAGGUCAUUACUGAAGACGUCGCAAACGUCUAGCACUGCCGACACUGCAUCUGGAUCUCCACAGCAUCAUGGCAGUUUCUGCUAUCACUAACGUCGCAGCCAUCACCUGCGUCCUCGUGUUGGCCUACAAAUUAAUCAUCUAUCCGACAUUCCUAUCACCGUUGUCCAAAAUCCCAAAUGCACAUUGGACAGCACCCAUAUCUCCCGCUUGGAUUAUCUGGAAAAGAUACCAAGCCCUGAACAAUCGAACCAUUCAGGCGGCUCACGAGAAGCUUGGGCCCAUUGUGAGACUUGGGCCUUCUGAGAUCUCAAUCAAUUGCGUUGACGGCGGCAUCAAAAGUGUAUACACUGGCGGCUUCGAGAAACAUGAAUGGUACCCACGAGUAUUCGGGUCCUUUGGAACUGUAAGCAUGUUCACCAUGACCGAUAAUAAGGCGCACUCGAGCCGCAAGAGGCUGCUGUCCAACAUCUACAGCAAGUCGUUCCUGCAGUCAUCACCACACAUCCACCUGAUCUCCGAAACGAUCAUGCUUGACCGUUUUCUGCCUCUAAUCUACAAGGCAGUGACAGAUAACGUCCUGGUGGACAUGCACGAUCUGAACCAAGGAUUGACCAUGGACUUCGUAUCCUCGUAUCUCUACGGGCUGGCCAAUGGUUCCAAUUUCCUUCAAGAUGAGGCCUUCCGCCGCAAGAUGCUGCACCUUUACCAAUGCAGAAAGCCGUUCGAAUUCUACCACCAAGAAGUUCCUGACUUGCUGGCAUGGACCAAGAAGAUUGGACUCCGCCUCAUUCCGAAAUGGUGCGAUGAGGCCAACGAGGUGCUGGACGCAUGGGGGCUAGGUUUCUGCGACAAGGCCGACGAAUGCAUGACGUCUACCAAGCUGGAAACCGAACCGAUGGUAUACAAACAGCUCAAGCAAGGCAUCACCAAGCAGCAGAAGGCUACUGGAUUGCCAGACGAAGACCCCGAGAAACAAAAGUGUAAGAUUGCCUGUGAGUUGUACGAUCAUCUCACAGCUGGCCACGAGACUAGUGCCGUGGCCCUGACCUACCUCUUCUGGGAGCUUUCCAAGCACCCCGAGCUACAGGACGAGCUCCGCAAAGAGCUUUUGACUCUUGAGCCAAGACUCACCUAUCCCCGGCCUGAUUCCUCCCGAGAACUCCCGUCUCCCAAGUCAAUUGACGCAUUACCUCUCCUCGAAGCCAUAGUUACGGAGACGCUGCGCCUGCACGCGCCGAUCCCAGGGAUCCAGCCACGCGUGACGCCCUCUCCAAGCUGCACGCUUGCAGGUUACAGCGAUAUCCCCGCAAACACUAGGGUGAAUGCGCAAGCCUAUUCGCUCCACCGCAACCCCACUGUCUACCCUGAGCCUGAAUCAUGGGAGCCGAAACGGUGGCUCAAAGGUCAGAACUCGGCCGCCGAGCUGGAGGAGCGAAGACGGUGGUUUUGGGCUUUUGGCAGCGGUGGACGGAUGUGUGUGGGUAGCAAUCUAGCCCUGCAAGAAAUGAAACUGGCUGUGGCAGCCAUCUACACGAACUUCAAGACCUCCAUCGUCAAUGAUGACGAUAUCGAGGCGAUUGAUGCUUACACUGUCAAGCCUCGAGGCGAGAAGUUGAUCUUGCGGUUCGAAACUGCCUGAUAGACCAGACUACCUUAUGGUUUAGCUCAC